AUGACGUCGUCUACUGAAAUGACCGAGUACGUGACGCUCGUCUCUCGCGACGGCUUUGAGUUCAAGGUGCUGCGUUCUGCGGCAAACAUCUCGGGCGCCAUCAGGCGCAUGUUGGAUCCCACCAAUAACUUUGCUGAAGCAAAGAGCAACCGCUGUGUCUUCGAGAACAUCAACGGCGUCGUGCUAGAGAAAGUCUGCGAGUACUUGUAUUACAACGAGAAACACAAGGACACCAAGGACGUCCCGGACAUGGACAUCCCGCCUGAGCUAUGCCUCGAGCUACUCAUGGCGGCUGAUUACCUGAAUGUUUGA